AUGCUGUACAAGCGGUUCGGUGCGCGCCCCCUAGUGUUCGUAGGCGGAAUUGUAUCCUCCUUGGGUUUCUUUACGAGUAGUUACGUCACCAACGUCUACGAGCUGUACGUCACCAUGGGCGUGGUAGUAGGGACAGGUUGGGGGCUGGCCUACAACCCUGCACUGGUGGCCGUGGGGCAGAACUUCGACAAAAAGCGCCACCUUGCGUACGGCGUGGUGUUGGCAGGAACGGGAGUGGGUGGGUUUGCUUUCUCGCCGCUGUUCCAAUAUCUCAUCAGUCUGUACGGAUGGAGGAAGGUCUUACAAAUCUAUGCCGGGAUGAACCUGAGCCACUGUGCUGCUGCACUUCUCUUACGAUCCCCAAGAACAACAAACAUUUCGAAAAACACGAGGAUGAGUCGUUUUAAUCUACUGGAACAGGGACGUGAUAAAAAUCUUCCCGCCUCCCAGAGUUGUAAACGCGACCUUCCAGAGAACAACUCUGUUGUGUCUUUCACAAGCUUGGGAAAUGAAAGCAAGGAAACAGAAGCCGUGUCCCUUUAUCCUCAACACCGACGGCGAAGCAGCAGCAUAAAACUUCCAUCCAGUUUGAAAUUCAGAAGACGCCCCCGUGCCUCCAGCAUAUUCGUGAACCUGUACACGAAGGACAGGCCGAGGAUAUUUGACGUCUCCCUCCUCCGCCAUCCACCGUUCCUGGUCCUGUGCGCGUGUGUAGUGGCCAAUGAAAUGUCGUACCUGGUGGCACCUACGCAGAUGGUACCGCGGGCACUGUCCCUCCAGAUCCCAAAAACUCAGGCUUCUUUCCUUCCCUCCGUCCUGUCUAUCACGGAUCUCAUCGGACGUUUGCUCUCUGGACUGGUGUCCAAAGUCCCUGGAUGCACACGUGCUGUCCAAUAUGCAGUCUUCUGCAUGCUUUGGUCGGCUUCUUCCUUAGCUAUCAUUUUGGGGGUGACCUACCCACAAAUGGCGGCCCUGGCUGGGAUGUACGGCUUGUUUAACGGACUGGUGCGGCCUCUGACCACGGCGCUGGCCGCGGAUGUGGUGGGGACGGAGCGGAUUGAGAGCGGGCUGGGACUGGUCAUGCUGUGCCAGGGGGUCGGCUCUGUGGUCGGGCUGCCAAUAUCAGGUGCCCUCUAUGACAUGACUGAGAAGUAUUACCCAUCAUUCCUGUUUGCGGGCGCAGCCAUCUUCCUCAGCGGAGUCUUCCUCCUCUGUGCUGUCGCCAUAGAGGAGAGGAGGAAACAUCGCAACAGAGAACCACUCAUCUCUGAGCAGAAGUAGAAAUAACGUGUUUGCUUGGGAUGCCACACAUGUAGAUAUGUA